GUAAAAGUUUGCAUACUGUGCAUUUAAUCUUUUCUGCUAGGACUACAGCAUCUGCUAUUUAUUAAAUCUAUGAUUCAGUAUUUUCCAGAACACACAUUGAUACAAUCUAAUUUCCACGUUUUCUCACACUCAUAAUGCAAUGUAUACUUAAUAUUAUAGAGGCAUGGACAAUUUAGUGGAAAAAUUGAACUGAACUAAAUGUAACCUACGCCUUUUUACAACAUUCUUAUGUCGGCUCUUAACAAUGUGGGUCAGUUAAGCCCUGACUGGAAGGAUUAAAUAGAAGCACAUGAUGAUUCAACCCGUGAUUUUCACUUGAAACAGAGCUCAUGCCACGGACUAAAUUAAUUAAUUUUCCUUAAUUUUCUCCACUGACACCGUAGCCUGCUUCUUUCCAUCGAGUCCAUGAUGGCAUCCCCAAGGCUGGAGACGUUCUGCUGCCCAAACCGAGACGCAUCGACCGAAUUUGUCAUUACUUUUCAGCCCCUCUUCUUUGGCGCCAUUUGCAUCGGUAGCGCAAGUUUAAGUUUGAUAUUUUCCAUUUUACAAAUUUUGCCCAAACGUAGGGGUUACAGACGCAUUGGACAGUACCCUCUUCCAAAGCCAGCGUCUUCGUCGAGAAUAUUGUUUAUCAUCAGCAUAUGUGAUAUACUGGGAUGUGCAGGUAAGGCUACGUCCCGUUACAUUUCGUCAACACCUUAUGCGUCACUGUCUAUACGAUGGAGAAUUUAAUCAAAGUUGUAGGCAUACACCAAGUUUGUAAUUGUGUCACCCUACUUUACUGUACAAUUUUAGAUUGCCUAUGACAAUGGAACCAGAUAUUGUAGCUAGUGAAACACAAGUUAUGCAAUAGGCAUAUUGCUCAAUUUGUAGGCUAAUAGGUCUCACAUGAAAGUCGACACAAUGAGACAUCAAUCAAUCAAGCGUCAUAGCACAGUGCAGCAGGGCAGCCCUAACAGAUGCAGGAAGCAGAAAAGCCCUUAUAAACCAUCAACUGAGGUCUCUAGUAUUUGCAUUACACAUGUAACCGCAAUAAAAAGGAUUCCAUGACAGAACCACAUUAACAAAGUGUAUAAUAACACCUGAGCCAAAUGAGCAACAGCUUUAUUAUGUGUUUCCAGUGUUAAUUGAAACCAGUAAUGAUUGAACAUUAUAACACCCUGUAAGGUGUGAUUGAUGCUAUGAUGAAUUCCAUUGACUUUGCACCUCACAAAAAUGACUGUUUAAUAGACAGAUGUUUUAUUUAUUAUGCCCUUCUAUUUUAUUUCUAUGAUCUGAGCCAUGUUGCAUUUGUUUGACCCUUCACUUCUUUUAGGUCUAUUCAGUGUAUCAUCAAUGGAUACUCAUUGACAUCCAUACAGUCAGGAGCCCUGUAAAACAGAUCUUUAUAAGAUGGUCAGAUGUUUUGAGAGGUCUUGUUGUGUUUGUCUCCUCCAGGUAUCAUAGUGAGGUCAUCCAUCUGGCUGGGCCUGCCCAACCUUGUCAGAGGGAUCAAUGUGGCCAACAACAGCGACGUGUGGCCAGAGGUGUUCUGUGUCGGCAGUGCAGUAUGUAUGAUAGAUGUUUUCCUGACCAUGUGACCUGACCAAGAAAACCGUCUGACCUGGCAGAGGAAACAAAUAUACAGUACUGGGAGUAACAGGCUAGCAGGCGAUAUGAUCUUACAUUUGAAACAGUCACUCGCAUGACAAAAUGGUGGUUAAAGGGAUACUUCGGGAUUUUGGCAAUGAGGCCCUUUAUCUACUUCCCCAGAGUCAGAUGAAAAUGUGGAUACCAUUUUUAUGUCUCUGUCCAGUAUGAAGGAAGUUAGAGGUAGCAUGCUAGCAGAUACCCAUAGACUUAUACCCAUAGCGAGAAUAGGAGAGGGCCUAGAACUGAGCCCUGGGGGACACCAGUGGUGAGAGCACGUGGUGCGGAGACAGCUUCUCGCCACGCCACUUGGUAGGAGCGACCGGUCAGGUAGGACGCAAUCCAAGAGUGAGCCGCGCCGGAGAUGCCCAGCUCGGAGAGGGUGGAGAGGAGGAUCUGAUGGUUCACAGUAUCAAAGGCAGCAGACAGGUCUAGAAGGACAAGAGCAGAGGAGAGAGAGUUAGCUUUAGCAGUGCGGAUAGCCUCUGUGACACAGAGAAGAGCAGUCUCAGUUGAAUGACCAGUCUUGAAACCUGACUGGUUUGGAUCAAGAAGGUCAUUCUGAGAGAGAUAGCAAGAGAGUUGGCUAAAGACGGCACGCUCAAUAGUUUUGGAGAGAAAAGAAAGAAGGGAUACUGGUCUGUAGUUGUUGACAUCAGAGGGAUCGAGUGUUGGUUUUUUGAGAAGGGGUGCAACUCUCGCUCUCUUGAAGACGGAAGGGACAUAGCCAGCGGUCAAGGAUGAGUUGAUCAGCGAGGUGAGGUAAGGGAGAAGGUCACCGGAGAUGGUCUGGAGAAGAGAGGAGGGGAUAGGGUCAAGCGGGCAGGUUGUUGGGCGGCCUGCCGUCACAAGUCGCAAGAUUUUAUCUGGAGAGAGAGGGGAGAAAGAAGUCAAAGCAUAGGGUAGGGCAGUGUGAGCAGGACCAGCAGUGUCAUUUGACUUAACAAACGAGGAUCGGAUGUCGUCAACCUUCUUUUCAAAAUGGUUGACGAAGUCAUCCACAGAGAGGGAGGAGGGAGGGGGGGGGGGGGGGGAUUCAGCAGGGAGGAGAAUGUGGCAAAGAGCUUCCUAGGGUUAGAGGCGGAUGCUUGGAAUUUAGAGUGGUAGAAAGUGGCCUUAGCAGCAGAAACAGAUGAAGAAAAUGUAGAGAGGAGGGAGUGAAAAGAUGCCAGGUCUGCAGGGAGUCUAGUUUUCUUCCAUUUCCACUCAGCUGCCCGGAGCUCUGUUCUGUGAGCUCACAAUGAGUCAUCAAGCCACGAAGCUGGAGGGGAGGACCGAGCCGGCCGGGGGGAUAGGGGACAUAGAGAGUCAAAGGAUGCAGAAAGGGAGGAGAGGAGGGUUGAGGAGGCAGAAUCAGGAGAUUGGAGGGAGAAGGAUUGAGCGGAGGGAAGAGAUGAUAGGAUGGAAGAGGAGAGAGUAGCGGGAGAGAGAGAGCGAAGGUUGCGACGGCGCAUUACCAUCUGUGUAGGGGCAGAGUGAGUAGUGUUGGAGGAGAGGGAGAGAGAAAAGGAUACAAAGUAGUGGUCAGAGACUUGGAGGGGAGUUGCAGUGAGAUUAGUAGAAGAACAGCAUCUAGUAAAGAUGUGGUCAAGCAUAUUGCCUGCCUUGUGAGUAGGGGGGGAUGGUGAGAGGAUGAGGUCAAAAGAGGAGAGGAGUGGAAAGAAGGAGGCAGAGAGAAAUGAGUCAAAUGUAGACGUAGGGAGGUUGAAAUCCCCCAGAACUGUGAGGGGUGAGCCAUCCUCAGGAAAGGAACUUAUCAAGGCGUCAAGCUCAUUGAUGAACUCUCCAAGGGAACCUGGAGGGCGAUAGAUGACAAGGAUAUUAAGCUUAAAUGGGCUAGUGACUGUGACAGCAUGGAAUUCAAAUGAGGAGAUAGACAGAUGGGUUAGGGGAAAAAUUGAGAAUGUCCACUUGGGAGAGAUGAGGAUUCCUGUGCCACCACCCCGCUGACCAGAUGCUCUCGGGGUAUGCGAGAACACAUGGUCAGACGAGGAGAGAGCAGCAGGAGUAGCAGUGUUUUCAGUGGUAAUCCAUGUUUCCGUCAGCGCCAAGAAGUCGAGGGACUGGAGGGUAGCAUAGGCUGGGAUGAAGUCUGCCUUGUUGGCAGCAGAACGGCAGUUCCAGAGGCUGCCUGAGACCUGGAACUCCACAUGGGUCGUGCGUGCAGGGACCACCAGGUUAGAGAGGCAGCAGCCACGCGGUGUGAGGCGUUUGUGUAGCCUGUGCGGAGAGGAGAGAACAGGGAUAGGCAGAGGCAUAAUUGACAGGCUGCAGCAGAUGGCUACAAUAAUGCAGAGGAGAUCGGAAUAAAAUGAACUAAACAUCUGGGAAAGGAGAGAGCCACAACUCCCAAAUAUAACUCUCCCAACUUCCACCUCAGAAACUAUAAUUGUUGUAAACUACAGCGGUUCAAUGUUUUCUAGGAAUAGACUAACCUAGUUUAUUCAGCUAGCUAACUAGGUGCAGUAUUAUUCCGUGAAAAACGUCCGGGCACCUCGUCAUAACACACGGCACGAACACACAGAGAGAGCCAAACUAACGUUAGCUAGUUACCCAUGUCCCGAAUUGCUUGAGCGACUCGGGCUAUCAAUAUGUAAAAAACAAAACACAAGUGUAGGUUAUGACUUACCCCUAGCAGCUACUAUUAGCUAGCCAAGUGCAAAGCUAGCCACUGAAUUGACUCAGCCAGUUCGCGUCUGUUCGCUCGGUCGUUCCAGCUAUUGUUUACAAGUAGCUAUCCAGGUUGCAACAAGCUUGCUAAUUUUCAAGCACAGUAGCCACUUGCUACCUAACGUUAACGGUUCAGACAAGGAGGUUAGAAAACAGCUGAAUGGUAGGCAAUUAUUGUAUGUGAUUAUUGUAGGCAGCCAGCUGGCGUAAUAACAGGCACUCUCAGGCGUGAAACAACUAUACCGUUGCUAAUAGCUAGUUAGUUAGCUAGCUAGAAUAGUUAGCAAACUAGCUAGCCAUUGCUUUCAGACAAAGAAGAACCUCUCCUUUCACGGCACGAAUAUAACAACCAUCUCAUUGCACACAGCAGAGUGUGUUGAGGAGAGUCAGGCGUGUUGAACCAACACCUUUAUUUAGAGCAUGUGAAAUUCCCUGAAUAAGUAAAUUACUCUGCAGGGAGCAUUUAACAACCUUGAUCCAGUUUUUGGGCUUGAACACACUGACAGACACUUGCAGAGAUGGUCAAGAAUACAGUUGAAGUCGGAAGUUUACAUACACUUAUGUUGGAGUCAUUAAAACUCGUUUUUCAACCACUCCACACAUUUCUUGUUAACAAACUAUAGUUUUGGCAAGUCAGUUAGGACAUCUACUUUGUGAAUGACACAAGUGAUCUUUCCAACAAUUGUUUACAGACAGAUUAUUUCACUUAUAAUUCACUGUAUCACAAUUCCAGUAGGUCAGAAGUUUACAUACACUAAGUUGACUGUGCCUUUAAACAGCUUGGAAAAUUCCAGAAAAUGAUGUCAUGGCUUUAGAAGCUUCUGAUAGGCUAAUUGACAUAAUUUGAGUCAAUUGGAGGUGUACCUGUGGAUGUAUUUCAAGGCCUACCUUCAAACUCAGUGCCUCUUUGCUUGACAUCAUGAGAAAAUCAAAAGAAAUCAGCCAAGACCUCAGAAAAAAAAUUGUAGACCUCCACAAGUCUGGUUCAUCCUUGGGAGAAAUUUCCAAACGCCUGAAGGUACCACGUUCAUCUGUACAAACAAUAGUUGCAAGUAUAAACACCAUGGGACCACGCAGCCGUCAUACCGCUCAGGAAGGAGACACAUUCUGUCUCCUAGAGAUGAACGUACUUUGGUGUGAAAAGUGCAAAUCAAUCCCAGAACAACAGCAAAGGACCUUGUGAAGAUGCUGGAGGAAACAGGUACAAAAGUAUCUAUAUCCACAGUAAAAUUAGUCCUAUAUCGACAUAACCUGAAAGGUCGCUCAGCAAGGAAGAAGCCACUGCUCCAAAACCGCCAUAAAGAAGCCAGACUACGGUUUGCAACUGCACAUGGGGACAAAGAUCGUACUUUUUUGAGAAAUGUCCUCUGGUCUGAUGAAACAAAAAUAAAACUGUUUGGCCAUAAUGACCAUCGUUAUGUUUGUAGAAAAAAAGGGGGUGGCUUGCAAGCCGAAUAACACCAUCCCAACCGUGAAGCACGGGGGUGGCAGCAUCAUGCUGUGGGGGUGCUUUGCUGCAGGAGGGACUGGUGCACUUCACAAAAUAGAUGGCAUCAUGAGGAAGGAAGAUUAUGGAUAUAUUGAAGCAACAUCUCAAGACAUCAGUCAGGAAGUUAAAGCUUGGUCGGAAAUGGUCUUCCAAAUGGACAAUGACCCCAAGCAUACUUCCAAAGUUCUGGCAAAAUGGCUUAAGGACAACAAAGUCAAGGUAUUGGAUUGGCCAUCACAAAGCCCUGACCUCAAUCCUAUAGAAAAUGUGUGGGCAGAACUGAAAAAGUGUCUGUGAGCAAGGAGGCCUACAAACCUGACUCAGUUACACCAGCUCUGUCAGGAGGAAUGGGCCAAAAUUCACCCAACUUAUUGUGGGAAGCUUGUGGAAGGCUACCCAAAACGUUUGACCCAAGUUAAACAAUUUAAAGGCAAUGCUACCAAAUACUAAUUGAGUGUAUGUAAACUUCUGACCCACUAUUAUUCUGACAUUUCACAUUCUUAAAAUAAAGUGGUUAUCCUAACUGACCUAAGACAGGGAAUCUUUACUAUGAUUAAAUGUCAGGAAUUGUGAAAAACUGAGUUUAAAUGUAUUUGGCUAAGGUUUAUGUAAACUUCCGACUUCAACUGUACAUAGGCAUAUUUGAAAUAAAAUAGAUUAUACCUACAUUAGUUACAUCAAGUUACUUAUUCAGGAGAGAUUCUAUACUCUGUUUAUAAUCAUGUAUGAUUUCUUGUUGAAGUAUUGUUUAUAUAUAGUGUGUUGUUCUGAUGUUGAGUCUGGUUUUGUGUUCCCCAGAUGUGGAUCCAGCUGUUCUUCAGUGCAUCCUUCUGGUGGACCUUCUGUUACGCUGUGGACGUCUUCCUGGUGGUCAAAAGAUCUGCAGGAAUCAGGUAGACUAUACUCUCCUCCUGCUAUCUAUCACAUUCUGCUAUUUACAUUUACGUCAUUUAGCAGACGCUCUUAUCCAGAGCGACUUACAAAUUGCUAUAUCACUUCUAUAUCAAAUCUGUUUUCUCUCAAUAUAGUGUAGACAUAAAACACUUGACUAUAUCUCCAGUUGGGGGAAAGUACUACAGCCUCUGAUGUGCGCUAUCAUCAAUCUGUAGUCUUUCAAUAUAAUAUAGCUACAACUCCUCAAUAUAAAACUCCUGUCUUUCCAGUUGGGGAAAAGUACCACAGCCUCUGAUGUAGUGCAAAAACAAAUAUUGUGUUGAAUUAUUAAUACAGGCCUAAUGAUAUGCCACUUCCAUUAGGCAGCGGAUGUGUACAUCUGCUCUUCAAUUCUGAUACCACUUAUCUCAGGGCUUUACUGUGUAUCUCAUAUGUAAUCAGUGAAAUAUUGUGUGCAGUAUACUAUGUGUGUGUCUGUUGAAAGCUCUGCCUGGCUGAUGACAUUUGAUGUGUGUCUUGUUGUUCCAUCAGUACCAUCAUCCUCUAUCACAUGAUCACAUGGGGUCUGGCCGUGUUGCUGUGUUUGGAGGGUGUGGCUAUGCUUUACUACCCAUCCAUCUCCAGGUAUGUCAACAGCUUCCCACUGGGCACAGGCGUCAAUUCAACGUCUAUUUCACGUUGGUUCAAUGUCAUGCCCAGUGGGUUGGCUGUGUCUGUUACAUCACGUUUGUGUUGUCGUGAAAUGCACUGAAAAUUUAGACUUGUGACUGUUUACUUUACUGCUGACUGUCAACAUACUGGGAUGAGUGAGCGUUGUCUCAGGAUACAUGAUGAUAAGGAAUGUAUGAUAUUGUGCUAACUGGUGUGGGUUGUUAUUUUCUGUGCAGUGAGAAUACAGUGAAUAACACAAUGUUUCGCUUUUGUCCUUGAUGUUAGACCAGUUUUCUGUGCAUUCCAAGACCUGUGCAGUGCUGGCAGUCAAUUGCCAUAUUGUAGUUAAAUAACUGAGGAUUGUGGUGUGCAAACCCAACAUCUCUCUGUACUGCUUCUCCUGUGAUCCUUCCUCCCUGCAUGGAGGAUACGUGCAUGGUCGUGUGAUGUGUAGUGCGUUUCUCUCAGUGUGCUCUCUCGUGUUGCAGCUGUGAGAAUGGCCUGCAGCAUGCCAUUCCUCACUACAUCACUACCUACGCUCCUCUACUGCUGGUGCUUAUAGUCAACCCUACACUGUUCGCCAGGACUGUGUCUGCAGGUCAGUUCACCCUGCCCCUCCAGCCCCAGCUAGCUCUUUAUGAUACAGAGCCCUGGACAAGCAAGAUGCUUCCCAAAUGGCACCCUAUUUCUUAUUUAGUGCACUACUUUUGACCAGGGCCCAGCACACUCAUAUCAGAUAUUCCAUACAGAGAUAAAUACUAACAUCUCUAUUGUUGAACUGUAAAGGCCUACAGAAAUGUGAUUUUAUCUCUGAACGGUUUAAUCUUUCAUAGCUAUUAUUUUUCAAAAUAAAUGUUUUGUGAUGAUCAUAAAAAUAGAAAGAAAGUAAAAAGUGAACAUUUGUAUUUUCCAUUCAGUGACAGCAUUAUUGAAGGGACGACAAGGGAUCUACACAGAAAACGAGAGACGCCUGGGAACAGAGAUAAAAAUACGCUUCUUCAAAAUCAUGCUGGUCUUCUUUAUUUGGUAAGACCAGAAUAUUGCAUUUCAUUGUGGUAUACACAGUAUGCAGUCUAUACAGUUUCUCCUUGGUUCUGUCGUAUUGUGUUCUGUCGUAUUGUGUUCUGUUGUGUUGUGUUCUGUUGUAUUGUUAGCCAAACAGCAUGCAAAUAGCUUAAUGGCAAGUUAAAUGGUUAUGGAGGAAUCUAUAUUACAGCUCUUGGCAACAAAGUCACCUUAAAUUUGAUUAAGGCAACUGUCCUUCCUGACCGUCUUUCAUAAAGCCCAUGACCUUCCUCAGAGAGGUCAUACUUAUAAUGCUGUAGUGUAAAUCCAUGUAUUUCUAAAAAACACUUUCAGAACAUUAUGAAGACCCAAGUUUCCAAAUGGAAUAACUGGCAAAACUCAUUUGCAUAAUACAAAAUAAGCCUCAGUAGAAGAGGUUUCCUCCAUGUUCAACAUUUAACGAGUAUCAGACCACUACUCAUUCUCUAAUCGACAAUAGAUCUGUUGACAAAUCCCUUUAAAAAGUAUUGACGUUCAGUAUGCUUUCCUGACAUUAAUGUACAAUACCUGUAUCAUGAUUCCCACUUUUCAGCUGGCUUCCCAACAUCAUCAAUGAGAGCCUGCUGUUUUACCUGGAGAUGCAGAUGGACAUAAAAGACGGUGACCUGAAGAAUAUACGAAACACAGCCCUCAUCACAUGGUUUAUCAUGGUGGGUUCACUUUGUUUACUAUAAUGAAAAUGGAUUCAAUCUUGGCCAAAAGCUUUUGUUUGUGUAGCAAACUUGUCCAGCACCAAUGUUAGUGUGUUACACUGAAGGCUCAGGUUUGUUCAUAUCUGAGGGUCUCUGUGUUCUACUGUUUCCAGGGAAUCCUGAACCCCAUGUCAGGCUUCCUCAACACGUUGGCCUUCCAUGGCUGGACGGGCUUCGACGUGGACUGCAGCCUGCAGAGGAGAAGGGAGCUGGCCUGGGACUCAGCCUCCACCUCGGCGGCUAACGUGGGGGGCUACAACCCCAUCGUGGGCUCCACCCUGCUCUACCAGAGCCACAUCCAGGAGGCCAAGAACAUGACCGGCAAGAACAUCAAGGGCAAUGGGCAGCCGUCCUCAGACACCAUCAGCGUCCUAUCAGAAGGUAAUGGGCAUAUGUGGACGAGCGGGGAAAAUGCCAAUAGUAACUCCCCAGCGUAUCAGGGCUGGUGAAACCUGUAAUACCCACACUGGUCAUCAUUAUCAUCUAGAUUCUACAGUGCAUGGUGCUGCCAAUAAAGCUGCUGUUGGUGCGUUUCAUAUUAUACCACCGUAGGUUUGGUUUUAGAUCAUGUCAAGAUCAAGUCAUAGAUGGCUUCAGACUCAUAGGGAAUGUGCCUCACUCACCAGGCAAAGGUUCCCUUCCUUAUUCGAUCUACACACAAUACCCCCUAAUGACAAAGCAAAAACAGGUUUUUAGAAGUUUUUGCAAAUGUAUUACAAAUAAAAAACUGAAAUACCCUUUACUAGGUACUUUGUUGAAGCACCUUUGGCAGUGAUUACAGCCUCGAGUCUUAUUGGGUAUGACGCUAAAUCAAAAUCAAAUUGUAUUUCUCACAUACACGAGUUUAGCAGAUGUUAUAGCGGGUGUAGCAAAAUGUUUGUGCUUCUAGCUCCGACAGUGCAGUAAUAUCUAACAAGUAAUAUCUAACAAUUUCACAACAUAUACCCAAUACACACAACUAGUGAGGAAUGGGAUUUAAGAAUAUAUACAUACAGUAUCUCACAAAUGUGAGUACAUCCCUCACAUUUUUAUAAAUAUUUGAGUAUAUCUUUUCAUGUGACAACACUGAAGAAAUGACACUUUGCUACAAUGUAAAGUAGAGUGUACAUUUGCUGUCCCCUCAAAAUAACACAACACACAGCCAUUAAUGUCUAAAUCGCUGGCAACAAAAGUGAGUACACUCCUAAGUGAAAAUGUCCAAAUUGGGCCCAAAGUGUCAAUAUUUUGUGUGGCCGCCAUCAUUUUUCAGCACUGCCUCAACUCUCUUGGGCAUAGAGUUCACCAGAGCUUCACAGGUUGCCACUGGAGUCCUCUUCCACUCCUCCAUGACGACAUCACGGAGCUGGUGGAUGUUAGAGACCUUGCACUCCUCCACCUUCUGUUUGAGGAUGCCCCACAGAUGCUCAAUAGGGUUUAGGUCUGGAGACAUGCUUGGUCAGUCGAUCACCUUUACCCUCAGCUUCUUUAGCAAGGCAGUGGUCGUCUUGGAGGUGUGUUUGGGGUCGUUAUCAUGUUGGAAUACUGCCCUGCGGCCCAGACUCCGAAGGGAGGGGAUCAAGCUUUCCACCUUCUCCACUGCGGUCCCGUCGAUGUGGAUAGGGGGGUGCACCCUCUGCUGUUUCCUGAAGUCCACAAUCAUCUCCUUUGUUUUGUUGAUGUUGAGUGCGAGGUUAUUUUCCUGGCACUACACUCCCAAAGCCCUCACCUCCUCCCUGUAGGCGGUCUCGUCAUUGUUGGUAAUCAAGCCUACUACUGUUGUGUCGUCUGCAAACUUGAUGAUUGAGUUGGAGGUGUGCUUGGCCACGCAGUCAUGGGUGAACAGGGAGUACAGGAGGGGGCUGAGCACGCACCCUUGUGGGGCCCAAGUGUUGAGGAUCAGCGAAGUUAUGUUGUUUCCUACCUUCACCACCUGGGGGGCGGCCCGUCAGGAAGUCCAGGACCCAGUUGCACAGGGCGGGGUUCAGACCCAGGGCCUCAAGCUUACUGAUGAGCUUGGAGGGUACUAUGGUGUUGAAUGCUGAGCUAUAGUCAAUGAACAGCAUUCUUACAUAGGUAUUCCUCUUGUCCAGAUGGGAUAGGGCAGUGUGAUGGCGAUUGCAUCGUCUGUGGAUCUAUUGGGGCGGUAAGCAAAUUGAAGUGGGUCUAGGGUGACAGGUAAGGUAGAGGUGAUAUGAUCCUUGAGUAGUCUCUCAAAGCACUUCAUGAUGACAGAGGUGAGUGCUACAAGGCGAUAGUCAUUUAGUUCAGUUACCUUUGCUUUCUUGGGUACAGGAACAAUGGUGGCCAUCUUGAAGCAUGUGGGAACAGCAGACUGGGAAAGGGAGAGAUUGAAUAUGUCCAUAAACACACCAGCCAGCUGGUCUGCGCAUGCUCUGAGGACGCGGCUAGGGAUGCCGUCUGGGCCGGCAGCCUUGCGGGGUUUAAUGUGCUUAAAUGUCUUAAUCAAGUCGGCUACAGAGAAGGAGAGGCCACAGUCCUUCGUAGUGGGCCUCAUCACUGGCACUGUGUUAUCCUCAAAGCGGGCAAAGAAGGUGUUUAGCUUGUCUGGAAGCGAGACGUCGGUGUCGGCGACGUGGCUGGUUUUCUUUUUGUAGUCCGUGAUUGUCUGUAGAACCUGCCACAUACGUCUCGUGUCUGAGCCGUUGAAUUGCGACUCCACUUUGUCUCUAUACUGAUGUUUUGCCAGUUGAAUUGCCUUGCGGAGUGAGUAGCUACACUGUUUGUAUUCUGCCAUAUUCCCAGUCACCUUGCCAUGGUUGAAUGCGGUGGUUCGCGCUUUCAGAUUUGCGCGAAUGCUUCCGUCUAUCCACGGUUUCUGGUUAGGGUAGGUUUUAAUAGUCACAGUGGGCACAACAUCACCUAUACACUUCCUGAUAAACUCAGUCACCGUUACAGUGUAUACGUCAAAAUUAUUUUCGGAAGCUACCUGGAACAUAUCCCAGUCCGCGUGAUCAAAACAAUCUUGAAGCGUGGAUUCCGAUUGGUCAGACCAGCGUUGAAUAGUCCUUAGCACGGGUACUUCCUGUUUUGAGUUUCUGCCUAUAGGAAGGGAGAAGCUAAAUGGAGUCGUGGUCAGAUUUGCUGAAAGGAGGGCGGGGGAGGGCCUUAUAACCAUCCCGGAAGUUCGAAUAGCAAUGGUCGAGGACUUUAGCAGCGCGAGUACAACAGUCGAUAUGUUGAUAGAACUUCGGCAGCCUAGUCCUCAAAUUUGCUUUGUUAAAAUCCCCGACUACAAUAAAUGCAGCCUCAGGAUAUGUGGUUUCCAGUUUGCAUAAGGUCCAGUGAAGUUCUUUGAGGGCCGUCGCGGUAUCGGCUUGAGGGGGGGAUAUACACGGCCGUGACUAUAACCAAAUAAAAUUAUCUUGGGAGAGAAUACGGUCGGCAUUUGAUUGUGAGAUAUUCUAGGUCGGGUGAACAGAAGGACUCUAGUUCCUGUAUGUUACUACAAUUACACCAUGAGUCGUUAAUCAUGAAAAACACCUCCGCCCUUCUGCUUCCCGGAGAGAUAUUUAUUCCUGUCUGCUCGAUGAACUGAGAACCCAUCUGACUGGACCAAUUUCAACAGAAUAUCCAGAGAGCCAUGUUUCCGUGAAACAGAGUAUGUUACAGGCCUUGAUGUCGCUCUGGAAAGAAAUCCUUUCCCGUAGUUCGUUGAGCUUGUUAACCAAAGACUGAACAUUAGCGAGUAGAAUACUUGGAAGCGGUGGGUGGUGUUUGCGCCUCCUAAGUCGAACCAGCAGGCCGCUCCGAGUGCCUCUCCUCCGCCGGCGACGUUUUGGGUCAGCCGCUGGAAUCAGUUCAGUUGCCUGGGGAGAGCAAACAAAGGAUCUGCUUCGGGAAAGUUGUAUUCCUGGUCUUAAUGCUGGUGAGUUACCGCCGCUCUGAUAUCCAAUAGUUUUUCCCGGCUGUAUGUAAUGAUGCAAAACACUUUCUGAGCUAAUAAUGUAAAAAAAUAAUACAUUAAAAAAACAAAAUACUGCAAAGUUUCCUAAGAGCUAGUCUUCUUCGUCAGCACCAGCUGCGCUAUAACCAUCUCUUGGCACACCUGUAUUUGGGGAGUUUCUCCCAUUCUUCUUUGCAGAUCCUCUCAAGCUCUGUCAGGAUGGAUGGGGAGAGUCGCUGCACAGCUAUUUUUAGGUCUCUCCUGAGAUGUUUGAUCGGCUUCAAGUCCGGGCUCUGGCUGGGCCACUCAAGGACGUUCAGAGACUUGUCCCAAAGCAACUCCUGCAUUGUCUUUGCUGUGUGCUUAGCGUCAUUGUCCUGUUGGAAGGUGAAUCUUCACCCCAGUCUGAGGCCUGAGCACUCUGGAGCAGGUUUUCAUCAAAGAUCUCUCUGUACUUUGUUCCGUUCAUCUUUCCCUCGAUCCUGACUCGACUCCCAGUUCCUGCCGCUGAAAAACAUAUCCACAGCAUGAUGCUGCCAACACCAUGCUUCACCGUAGGGAUGGUGCCAGGUUUCCUCCAGACGUGACACUUGACAUUCAGGCCAAAGAGUUCAAUCUUGGUUUCAUCAGACCAGAGAAUCUUCUUUCGCAUGGUCUGAGAGUCCUUAAGGUGCCUUUUGGCAAACUCCAAGAGGGCUGUCGUGCCAUUUGCUAAGGAGUAGCUUCCGUCUGGCCACUCUACCAUAAAGGCCUGAUUGAUGGAGAGCUGCAGAGAUGGUUGUCCUUCUGGAAGGUUCUCCCAUCUCCACAGAGAAACUCUGGAGCGCUGUCAGAGUGACCAUCGGGUUCUUGGUCACUUCCCUGACCAAGGCCCUUCUCCCCCGAUUGCUCAGUUUGGCCGAGCGGCCAGCUCUAGGAAGAGUCUUGGUGGUUCCAAACUUAUUCCAUUUAAGAAUGAUGGAGGCCACUAUGUUCUUGAGGACCUUCAAUGCUGCAGACAUGUUUUGGUACCCUUCCUGUGCCCCGACACAAUCCUGUCUCGGAGCUCUAUGGACAAUUCCUUCGACCUUUCCAAAUCAUGUCCAAUAAAUUGAAUUUACCACAGGUUGACUCCAAUCAAGUUGUAGAAACAUCUGAAGGAUGAUACAUGGAAACAGGAUGCUCCUGAGCUCAGUUUCGAGUCUCAUAGCAAAGGGUCUGAAUACAAGUAAGGUAUCUGUUUUUUGUGUUUAAUACAUUUGCAAAAAAAAUUUAAAACCUGUUUUCGCUUUGUCAUUAAGGGGUAUUGUGUGUAGAUUGAGGAUAUAUUUUUAUUUAAACCAUUUUAGAAUAAGGCUGUAACGUAACAAAAUGUGGAGAAAGUCAAGGGGUCUGAAUACUUUCCAAAUGCACUGUAUAGUGUUUCUAGUGUAAAAACAUGUUUUCACUUUGUCAUUAUGGGCUAUUAUGUGUAGAUGGGCGAGAAAAAACAUAUUUAAUCCAUUUUGAAUUCAGGCUGUAACAUUUCAAAAUGUGGAAUAAGUCAAGGGGUAUGAAUACUUUCUGAAGGCACUGUUCUGUUUUUGUGGUAUAGUAGAACAUGUAUUGAACAGGGAUGUGCUGCUGUAUAUUUUAAGUCCAUAAUGUCAAAUAUUUAAAAUCUUCUAAUAUUUAAACAGAUUUAGUGAGUUGUUUGUGUGCACAAUUUCAAGAUGUACACCGAUAUUGAAUGUUUUUGAUUGAUGUUCAGGAUCCCUGACAGUCAUCCUUACUUUUUAAUAAAAACCCCUUAAGAAAAAUAAAUUAUCAAGGCUUUAGUGUUUCUUGUUCAUGAAUAUGGCCCUGCAUAUUUAUAAAAUCAACAAAAAAAAGUUAAUCAUUAUGACUUUCAAGGAUCUUCUAUCUCAUGGGAAUUAAGUUUCAAUAUAGAGGUGAAAAUUGUUGGCCUUGUUUUCUUUAACAAGAGGAUUCAAACAUAUAUUUGAAUUUCAGUCUUGUCUAAACUAUUCAAAAAUUCCCAAAAUACAUUUGUCAAUCAUUUUAAACAUAUGCCAGAUAUGCUAUUUGUAUGAAGGUGUUGUGCAUGCCUUGAAUGAAGAGAGAGCAGCAGCAGAGGACUUGUGUUUAUUUUAGGCACUUUGAUUUGAAGUGUAAGAGAAGGGAUAUACUGUAUGUACCCCCUUAACUCAGUCAUCUCCCUUAUCCCCUAUUUUGUCUUGCUAGGUUCAGAGUCUAGUACAAUUGAAAUCCACAUUUCCACUGAGCACCAAGACUGAGGAUAUAGACGCAGAUGGAUAAUCGUUGGGAAGUUCUGCAAGGCACUAGGAGGAGUUACAAGCUGCUGCAUCACCUGCUGCCAGCCUCCACUCUCCUGCACCUUGUUUUUGUUUCUCCCUCACCGAGUUUUAGACCCUGUC